AUGAACGCGGCGGUGGUGAGGCGGACGCAGGACGCGCUGGGCAAGGUGAUCCGGAGGCCGCCGCUGACGGAGAAGCUGCUGAGCAAGCCCCCGUUCCGCUACCUGCACGACAUCAUCACGGAGGUGAUUCGAAUGACUGGUUUCAUGAAGGGCCUCUACACAGACGCUGAGAUGAAGUCUGACAAUGUCAAGGAUAAAGAUGCGAAAAUCAGCUUCCUUCAGAAGGCCAUAGACGUGGUGGUGAUGGUGUCAGGAGAGCCGCUGUCUGCAAAGCCCGCGCGCAUCGUGGCGGGUCACGAGCCUGAGCGGACGAACGAGCUGCUGCAGACGAUAGGGAGAUGCUGUCUCAGCAAGCUCUCCAGUGAUGAUGCGGUGAAGAGAGUUCUGGCUGGAGAGAAGGGCGACAGGAAAGGAAGGCCGUCAAAGUCCCAAGACCUGGGCAGUAAGAAUGCUAAAGAAGAGGAACCCAGGGUCCCUAAGAACAAAGAGGAUAGAAGAAACUCUGAAAUAAAAGAGAGAAGUCCAAGCAAAGAUCAAAAACCGAAAGAAGAGUUGAAAGAAGAAAGCAAACCCAGAGAGAAGGAAAAGGAGAAAACCAAGGAGAAUGACAGCGACAGGCACAAGGAUCUCGAGAGAGACAAGUACCGAGAAGAACGAGAGAAGAAGAGCAGGGCCAAGCAAGAGAGGGAGAGAGACAAGGACCGGGGCAACAAAGACCGGGACAGGGAGGCGGACCGUGAGAAGGAGAGGGAGCGGAAGAGCGAGGGAGGACGGGAGAAGGAGAGGUUGAAAGAGCGAGACAAGGAGCGAGAGCGAGACAAGGGCAGAGAGCGAGACAGGGACAAACGGAGAGCGAAGAACGGGGAGCACUCCAGGGACCCCGACAGAGAGAAGAGCAGAGAGCAUGAGAAGCUGGAGAAAAAGUCUACAGGCCCCGGAGAGGCAUCUAAAAAGUCGUCAGAUGGAUCUUUUAAAGACUCGAAGGCUGAAAUAGAGACCGAGAUGUCCGCUCGAGCAGCCAGGUCGCUGACAACGAAAGUGUCAAAACGGCAACCCAGAAGCUCAGUGGAAGGAAGAAAGGAAGAUAAUAUUUCAGCUAAAAUUUUAGACUCCAUAGUGUCUGGAUUAAAUAACGAACCAGAUCAGGAAACAACAGCUUCAGAAAUAGGAACAAGAGAAGCUAAUACUCGUUCAGCUAGCAUUUCAGAUGAUAAUUCAGCUAGUCUGUGGCGGGAGAAUGCUGAGCCAGAGCCAGCAGCGAAACGGCAAGGGGACUCCCCCAGUGACGCAGAAGGAGACAGUGGACCCACUGGCCAAGAGAAGUCCGAGGUGUCAGAGAAUUCAGAAAUCCCAAACGAGCUUUCAUCCAAUCUCAGAAAAAUACCUCGGCCUGGGAGUGCAAGACCAGCUCCCCCCCGCGUCAAACGCCAGGAGAGCGCAGAGGUGUUAGCUGUAGACAGGGCGGGGAGUGGGAAGGCCGUCUCAAACGUGAUCGCGGACUCCCAGAACUCUGAGAACGAGGAGGACGAUCAGUUUGUGGUGGAAACUGCCCCUCAGCUCUCUGAAAUGUCGGAGAUUGACAUGGUUCCAGCCGUGGAACUGGAAGAGGACGAGAAGCAUGGUGGACUUGUAAAAAAAAUUUUGGAGACCAAGAAAGAUUAUGAGAAAUUGCAGCAGUCACCCAGAGCUGGCGAGAAGGAGAAAUUGCUUGUCUAUGAGUCAGCUUGGAAGAAGGAGAAGGACAUCGUCUCCAAAGAGAUCGAGAAGCUGCGCAUGUCCAUCCAGACGCUGUGCAAGAGCGCACUGCCCCUGGGCAAGAUGAUGGACUACAUCCAGGAGGACGUGGACGCCAUGCAGAGCGAGCUGCAGCUGUGGCACAGCGAGAGCCGGCAGCACGCCGAGGCCCUGCACAGGGAGCAGAGCAUCACCGACUGCGCUGUGGAGCCCUUGAAGGCUGAGCUGGCCGAGCUGGAGCAGUUGAUUAGAGACCAGCAGGACAAGAUCUGCGCAGUGAAGGCCAACAUCCUGAAGAAUGAGGAGAAAAUUCAGAAGAUGGUGUAUAGCAUCAAUUUGAGUUCGAGAAGGUGAAAACCCAACGUUUCAAAGACUAAAAGUCACCCUCAGUUUAAAAAUAAAAAGGAAGCUAGAAAACGAUUACUCUUUAAGUUUCAGUUUGCUCAGCAAAUGAACAGUUUACAACGUUGUUAAUCCAGCUAAUGUAUGUUCAGAGCUUUAAAAACGUAGGCACUUCAGGUGUAUGUGAAAAGACCACGCGUUCUUACCUUCUUGUAGCUUGAAUACUUGCUGGUUAUGAGAAGGCCUUCAGAACCCCGUGCGAGGUGUCUUCGACACAUCUGUUUUUGUUCUGUGUGUCUGUAGGAGCCUUUUGGUUUAGUUCUGUGCCAGAAUCCUCCGGCAGGCAACUGGGUUGCCACUCCUUUGUUGCAGUUUUCAACGCCUGUGAAAAGGCUCCGUAGGCAAGCUGAGUCACUUCUUGAGGGAUAAUUACAUUCUCUGCUGGGCAUUUUAUGAAUAGAAUGAAGCCUCAAGAUGAAUGAAUCCUAGUUUUCAGUUCAUUUACAUGAACUGAAGGGUUAAUUUCUCUAUGAAGGUACAUGGGAACCGUUUUGCCACCUCUGUAAUUGCAGAUACCCAUGUGUAUGAUAUUCCUAUUGGUCCCUGUUAUCCUUUGUUGGUGUGUCUAGCCUUUAAAGUUCAUACAGUUAAAAAGAUGACUUCAGUAUGGCCUUCUCGGCAUUGUCUGGACAUGACACGGUCACGGGCUAUAUCCUCCCUACCCUUGACAUUUUCCCCUAGAUUUUCCGCAAAUAGAUACUCCUGUGGUGCCCACAGGAGUCCUUUGUCUCUUUAAGGCGAGGCCUUACCUGCUUUCCUUGCACAGGUGUGUGCCUGGGAGCUGAGCAAACACAGGAAGGGAUGUGCUGAUUUAAACGUUUUUUUGAUGUUACCAUUGUUUUUUGGAAGUUGUUUUUUAAGCAAAGGGUUUUUUACAUGGUUUGUAUUUAGUUUUUUCACUUAUAUAUACUGCUGUAAAUACUUAAUGAAGUGUAAGUUAUUGUAUAAAGGAUUUCUCUGUGUUUGGAGACAUACUUACAGGUCUUCAGGUCUGGGUCCUGAGACUUCUGUUUCCAAGUGUUGUAUUUAUUAUGCAAACUAAGGAGUGCUACUUCAAGUGUUAGAACUGCCCCAGAAUGUUUUGUUUUGUUUCUUUGAGGAUUAUCACAAAUGGCACAGUUUAGUUUUGCUUAGUGCAACUUCAAAAAUAAAUCCUCUACUAAGGCCGUUAGAUGAUUGUCUAAGCUGAAGAAGUUCAAAGACCAGAUUGUUCAAGUCUGCCGUUUUGAACGUUGGCCUUUCCCCCUUUCUCUAGUACACCGUAGAAUGCUGUCCGCCCAGUUUACACUAGAUACAUCUGGGGAAAGGAAGGGGAGACGUAUCAGUGAACUAGAACGUCAUGUGUUUACAGUCUCUUCUCUGCUGACCGAACAGCUUGGCCACAAUCUUGAACGGACCCUGUCUGGCUUCAAGUUAAGAUGUCUGCCUUUUAUGACUUUGUACAUAUGAAUAGAAUUUUUGUCUAGUGGGAAAUGGCACUCGUUGUAUGUGAGUCAAAUUUUGUAUGAAGUAGUUAUCAAAUUGUAUCAUAAAAUUUAUUUUUUAUUUUAUACAUAAAUCAUUAAAAACGAUCACAUAUUUUUUCUAUAAGUGUAUGGAUUGUGCAGUUCAGUUCAUAAGCAUUUGUACUUUUUAUUGUCAAAUACAUGCAUUUGGUUGUUCUUGUGAAGGAAGUUCACGGGGUUUAUGUUUUCUUUCUUAUUGCAGUACUUACCCUUUUCUGUGUGAAAUGAAGUGUUAGGAGACUGGUAUGCAUGUCUCUGAGAUUUUUAAGAUCAUUCAUGUUGUCUGGAGGCAAUUACUACUGUAUCUUAGACACUAAUUAAAUCCUCAUUUAUUCUGAGAAAAUGCACAAAUGGGAUUAUUAAAUGCUUUUUUCUACUUUUGUUUAUGAGUUUUCAAGGAGUACUGGAGCCAUAUUUCAGGAAUUGGAAUUUGAAGUUGAGCUGACACUAAUUUAUAUUCAAAGGAAUCGUGUAAACCUUCAAGAAAAGUAGCUCAAGAAUAAAAUUCAUGCUUUCUACUUUGAUUUUCAUACUUUUCUUUUCAAUAAGCAACUUAAAAAAUAAUAACUGAAAUUGUUGGAGGGAAAUGAUGUUAUCACGACAUGAAGUACAUUUGGGUGGUGGUGGUGUAGAAUUCCGUUCGGUGUGUUGACAGGUGCCCCUGAAAUAUCUCUGGAUUUGUUUUCUAAUCUGCCCUGAGCUGAAGGAGGUUUGGCUGCUGUCUGUGUGUGCAGUGUCUUGGCCCCUGGAUGGAACGAGGGAUGGCCAGACCCUCUGCCAGCUUUGGCUAAACCAGCUUGAUGUCAGACAGUAGCAGACGAAGGGUGCCCAGUUUGCCAGAGCUGCCACAGGAAUCCACUCAUGCAAGGCCACGUGCCCAGGUAUGUCCACUGCCAAGGAGGCAAGUGCCCCUGACUCUGAUGUGCUCCCAGCCCCGCAGUCUUCCCCACACCCAUAGAGACAGAGGAAAAUCCUCCCCUUUGUGACACCUUCUAAUGAUGCCGGGGCCUCUCUGAGCCACCUCCAUGC